UGAAUGGACUACAAAUAUUAGCCAAUAGGAGCCGCUCUUGAACACUAUAAAAUAAACGCUCCAUCCCCAAACCCCUCGCCGGAGAGUAGGAUAACUUUAGAGCUCGCGCACACACCCGGGAGUUUUGUGUUAAUCUUGUCAUCAAGUAGUAGUCCACAGGGAGCCUCCGCCAUGCCUUUCGGAAACACCCACAACCAGCUGAAGAUGAAGUACUCUGCUGAAGCAGAGUUUCCUGACCUGACCAAGCACAACAACCACAUGGCCAAAGUGCUCACCCCGGCCAUAUACGAGCGCCUGCGCAGCAAACAGACACCGAGUGGCUUCACGCUGGAUGAUGUGAUUCAGACCGGAGUCGAUAAUCCAGGUCACCCCUUUAUUAUGACUGUGGGCUGUGUGGCGGGAGAUGAGGAAACCUAUGAUGUGUUUAAGGAGCUGCUGGACCCGGUCAUCCAGGACAGACAUGGUGGAUACAAACCCACUGAUAAACACAAAACUGACUUGAACCCAAGCAACCUCAAGGGUGGGGAUGAUCUGGAUCCUAACUAUGUGCUGAGUUCUCGCGUGCGAACAGGCAGGAGCAUCCGUGGCUUUUGCCUGCCACCACACUGCAGUCGUGGAGAGAGGAGAGCUAUUGAAAAACUUUCUGUGGAAGCUUUAGGUGCCCUGAGUGGAGACCUUAAGGGGAAAUAUUAUGCUCUGAAAAAUAUGACUGAAGCUGAACAGCAGCAGCUGAUUGAUGACCACUUCUUGUUUGACAAGCCUGUAUCUCCCCUGUUGUUGGCCUCUGGAAUGGCCCGUGAUUGGCCUGAUGCCAGGGGAAUAUGGCACAAUGACAACAAAACAUUCCUUGUGUGGGUGAAUGAGGAGGAUCACUUGCGUGUCAUUUCCAUGCAGAAAGGUGGCAACAUGAAGGAAGUGUUUACUCGUUUCUGCACAGGCCUCACAAAGAUUGAGGAGCUGUUCAAGAGCAAGGGACAUGCGUUUAUGUGGAAUGAGCACCUGGGCUAUGUCCUCACCUGUCCUUCUAACCUGGGUACAGGUCUGCGUGGAGGUGUGCAUGUCAAACUCCCCAAUCUAAGCAAGCACAACAAGUUUGAGGAGGUGCUCAAAAGAUUACGCCUGCAAAAGCGCGGAACAGGUGGUGUGGACACUGCUGCAGUGGGUGGUGUGUUUGAUAUCUCUAAUGCUGACCGGCUGGGCUUCUCGGAGGUGGAGCUUGUUCAAAUGGUGGUGGAUGGUGUGAAGCUGCUGGUGGAGAUGGAGAAGCGACUAGAGAAAGGCCAGGCCAUUGAUGACCUCAUACCUGCUCAAAAGUAAAUUCAGCAACCAUCCUUCUACCUCACUCACUCCAAAAUGCCCCUUUUCAUCCCCACUCCAAAUCAACUCCUUUGAGGUUAAUAAAAGAAUGUAUAUUGUAUUUAAGAUGCCUUUAUGGUUACAAAUGAAUUAAACACUCUACCAGUCUAA